AUGGCUUUACGCUUCCGCAACAUCAUCCCAUAUGCCAUACCUGGAGUGCUGGCUCUUCUUGGCUGCUGGUGGAUCUGUUUCCAUAGAAAAAAGCAGGCAAGCUAUCAGGACAAACAAGCAACAGCCAUUGAAGAAAAGCAGCAGGAAGAAGAGUCAGAAAAUGCUUCAUCACCCAAAACAGAAGCAUGUAUUCCUCAAAGACGGCCUCUCUCAUCUGAAGAGGAAUGCCCAGAGAACAAAACCUCGACCUCCCUGCUACCAGUGGGGUCGACGACGCCCUCUCGUCCUUGUCAAACUCCGGAGAGGCCAGAUCUCUCACAGGACCUUCCAGACCUGUCAGUAAUGACAACUCAGCCCAGCACCCUUGAGGACGACAGUGAAAAACUAGAAACAAUAGGAUCUCAAGAUGAAAGCAGUAUCCCUGCUCGUGUUUCUCUGACCUCAAAGAGCGCAGAGUGCCACGGCAGUGCUGCACUGAGCCUUGUACAGGAGUCAAGCUCUAGUGCAAACCAAGAUCAGUGGCCACCAGCAUCAGUGACACUGAGGCAGAAGUCUUUGGGAAUCGCAGAGAUCAGCAAUGUAGAGCAGUCAGGUGAUUCUUCAUGUAAGCCCCCUGAGGAAAGCCAGAAGCCAGAAACUGUGCUGUCGGAUGCUAGCUCUGUGACAGCCCAUUGCUUGGGAUUGGACAGGGAAGCCAAUACCCCACAAGUCUUUCUCAAUAAUGAAGUUGAAGUUUUAUCGAGUCACAAGGGUUCUGCCAUAAGCGUGUUACCAGAUAGUUUGGAGUCUGCCCGUUUGGAGCAGUCCAGGGAAGAAGAAAUGUCCAAUUCAAUUGCAAGUACUGUACCUGUGUGUCAGGAGGAAGACACACAGCCAAAAGGAGAUGAAUUGGAAAGAGAGAAGACUGAGGGAGUGAGUUUGGACAAGGAAGAAGUUGAGAAAAUUGAGCAAGUAGCAAUACAGAUAAUUUCCAAGGUAAUUUUGGCAGCAACUGAGGAAGUGCUGUCUGGUUCUGCAAGUGAUGUGUCCACUUGGAUCUGCCAGGCUGCUGCUGGCCGAGUUGAGAGACCUCUGGAGAUGGCAAAUGUUGUUUCCUCUGAUCAGAUGCUUGCAGAGAAAGCUAUGGGAGCAGAUGAGAACACUGCUGUAAAGAAUGGUUCUGCGGUACUGACAUCUCCACAGACAGAGGAGCGUGAUCACAGUGUGGCAGAUUGCAGCUGUGUAACACACGUCUGUUUAUCCAGCCCUGUUCAGGGAGACGCACAAGACCGUCGGGUGAAGAACCAUGUGUUCAGCGAGGAAGUGCUGUCUGGUGCUGCAAGUGAUGUGUCCACUUGGAUCUGCCAGCCUGCUGCCAGCUGCCUUGAGAGACCUCUGGAGACGGCAAAUGUUUCCUUUGAUCCGAUGCUUACAGAGGAGGCUGCAGUAGCACGUGAGAAUGUUGUCACAAGGAGUGAUGCUGUGGUACUGACGUCAGGGACAGGGGAGUGGGAUCAAGGUGUGCCAGAUUCCAGCUGUGUAACACACGGCUGCUUAUCCAGCCCUGUUCAGGGAGGCCCGAAGGGCUGUCGGGUGAAGAACCGGCUGUGCAGUCGGUCCCGAGGAGUUGAACGGACUCUUGUGGAAAACCAUGGAGGGUCACUGGAAAAGUCGCCUCGGGUUAUGGAGGACUCUGGGUGCAGCACAUACACAUCUGAAGGUGGGACGAGUGUAGAGGACUCAUUGCAGAACACAAUGCUGUCUGUCACAUCAAGCCAGCAUUCGGACUCACUGAGUGCAUCUGCAACCCAAGACACAUCUGCUGAGCAGAGCUCAGCACCAAGUGAAAAAUCUCCUUCUCUGAAGCUGCCUGAAGCCAGCAAAGUGCCAUACAGUAAUGGGAUACUGGGAGAGGAUAGUCCAGACUUGCAUCAUGAGUGUAGCAGGGCAGCAGGGAUGGAUGGAGAUACCUUGGGAG